UCUUGUCUCUUGUCCUUUGUCACAACUCGAGCACGAGCACGCGAGUCAGUUUAAACUCAAGUUCAAUCUCGUUCUCAUUCUUACCGGAAUUUUCAUCCCGAUAACAUCGAAUUUAUUUUUUCUCACGUAAAAAAAAAGUUUAUUUAAAUUUUUGAAAAUUUAAACACCGGUAAUCUAUUUGAUUAAUAGAAAGUUAUUAAUAAAUAAUAAGUAAUUAUUUAAAAAUUUAAAUUUCCAAAGAUUUGUUUAAUAAUUUAACAACUGACGCACGUUUAUUUUUUUUGACUUGAUUUACCACCGACAAAAUGAGUGACUGGGGAAAUCCGAGCACCAACUCCGACGGUCGCGAUUACGGCCGCGGCCGCGGCUUCAAGUCAUCCGACGACUCCUCAAAUCCCGGAACGAACGGCCACCAGGAAUCAUCAGACUGGACAACAGGAACCGGAACCGAAAACCAAACCAACGGAUCCUCCGACUGGGCGACCGGAAAUCAAACCAACGGUUCCGAUGCCUGGGCGACCGGAAACCAAACCAACGGUUCCGAUGCCUGGGGCCAAUCAAACGACACCACCAACGACUUCUCCAACGACUACUCCAACGACAACGAAAACUCUGAAGACCGUGGCCGUGGUCGCGGACGUGGCCGUGGCCGCGGUCGCGGUCGUGGUCGCGGAGGUCGCGAUCGCGACGGAGGUCGAGACCGUGACAACAACGAAGGCCUCGACGACUUGAACUCCGCCGACGCUCCCGAAGACGGCGAAGAAAAAAAACCCCCCGUGACUUACAUCCCCCCCGAGCGCAACCUCGACGACGACGACGAAAUCUUCAACACCAACGUCUCCGCGGGCAUCAACUUCGACAAGUACGACGCCAUCGACUGCAAGGUAACCGGGGACGCAGUUCCCCCCCCAAUCUCCGCCUUCGACUCUCUAAAAUUACGCAGCGCCCUGAUGACCAACAUCGGGAAGUCGAACUACAAGAAACCGACCCCCGUUCAAAAGCACGCGAUCCCCAUCAUCCUGGAGGGUCGCGACCUGAUGGCCUGCGCGCAGACAGGAAGUGGCAAAACCGCGGCCUAUUUGAUCCCCAUCGUCCAUCGUCUGCUAGAAGACAACCAGGAGAUGAAAUUAAUCGACCGCGGGUGCGAGCCCCAGGUCAUUAUCAUGGCGCCCACUCGGGAACUCGUCACCCAGAUCUGCUGGGAAGCCGAGAAAUUUUCCAAGGACACGAUCCUGCGGUGCGUCGCCUGCUACGGGGGAGUAAAACCCGUCCACCAGGCGGACCAACUGCGCAAGGGCGCGCACAUCGUCGUCGCGACCCCAGGGCGGCUUAAUGACUUCGUCAAAGGCGGGAGGAUCGGCUUCAGCAGCGUCAGGUUCCUGGUCCUGGACGAGGCCGACCGGAUGCUGGACUCUGGGUUCCUGACAGCGAUGGAGGAAAUUAUCGAGCAUGAGCAGAUGACCCCCAAGGCGGAACGCGUGACUUUGAUGUUCAGCGCGACCUUCAGCGGGGAAGUUCAAGAAUUGGCGCGAAAAUAUUUGAAUAAUUAUUUGUUCCUGACGGUGGGAAUCGUCGGCGGCGCGUGCGCUGACGUCGAGCAAAUAUUUUAUGAGGUACCGAAGACGGAGAAGAGGAAGAAGUUGAAGGAACUUCUGGAACGCGAUGGAGGUCAGAGUCUGAAGCUCAAGACGAUCAUUUUUGUGGAGACCAAGAAGACUGCGGACUUCAUCGCCGCGUAUAUGAGCGACAUCUCGUUGCCGGCGACGAGCAUCCAUGGGGACAGAGAGCAGAGGGAGAGGGAACUUGCGCUGGCGGACUUCAGGUCGGGCAAGAUGCCGAUUUUGGUCGCGACUUCGGUCGCUGCGAGAGGACUGGAUAUCAAGAAUGUCGCGCAUGUUAUUAAUUAUGACCUGCCCAAGUGCAUUGAUGACUAUGUGCACAGAAUUGGGAGGACUGGGAGAGUUGGGAACAGGGGCAAGGCCACGAGUUUCUACAACCCGGAGUCGGAUGAUGGGUUGGUUGCGGAUCUGGUCAAGGUGCUGACUCAGGCGGGACAGGAAAUUCCGGAGUUCUUUAAUGUUGGAGGUGGAUUCGAUGCUGGGCAGGCCAGCGGCUUCGGUGGUCAAGAUAUCAGAGAUAACUACAAUCAGCCUGCCGACACUGAAGCCAGCGAGACCUGGUAAUCUCACCCCCAACCAUUUCAUUUAUUUUUCUUUAAUUAUUUACUUGCAACAAAAAAAUCGGACGUUUUUAUUCCCGAUAAUUAUAAUUUUUUUUUACCUCGCGGUAUCGCUACUUAAUUAAAAUACCCGCUCACUAUUUAAAAAUAUUCUCAAAAAAACUCAAAACAAUUUUUUUUUAUUUAAAAAAAAAAUCAAAUUAAAAAAUUUUCCAUUUUAUUAUUUUUCACUUUUUUCUAUUGAACUAAAAAAAAAAUCAUUGACGAUAAAUGAUACAAACUAAUUAAUCAUUAAUUUAAAAAAAUCAUUAGCAUCAAUAUGAUAAUUAUAUUUAAUAAUUUACAUUGUAACAAAUAAGUGGAUGAAUAAAUCAUUAAAAGAAAUUAAUGAUUAACUAUGAAAGCCAUGACAAUAAAAAAUGUAAAACGUUGAUUAUAAUGAUUAAUAAAAAAUCUAAAAUGACUAA